CCAGCUGGUGGCAGGGGACACAGCCAUAAUACAGCUUCCUCUGUCCCAGCUGUCUCUCCACUCCGGUCCAUGCAUUACAAUGGCUGCACCCUCGUGGGAAGGUUCAGGUAGAGGAAGGUGUAGGAUGAAACCUGGAAACCGUCCUCUGGGUUUUUAAAAGCUUCAGCGUCCACAGCAUCUUGGCAUUUUGGAAGUCUUCCUGCUUCUAGUGAGAGGUUUCUCUCCCGUGAUGGGAAGGCUGCUGCGAGCCUGAUCAGAGGUGCCUGAGGAUAUCACCUUUUACCGGGAAGCCCUGCCUGCCUGAGAGGAUCCUUUUCCAUGCAUUAUGGCUCAUGCGGCCUCACAGUUAAAGAAAAACAGGGAUUUAGAAAUCAAUGCCGAGGAAGAGACCGAGAAAAAAAGGAAACACCGCAAACGGUCCCGGGAUCGGAAGAAAAAGUCUGAUGCCAAUGCAAGUUACUUAAGAGCGGCUCGAGCUGGACACUUGGAAAAGGCCCUUGACUACAUAAAAAACGGAGUUGACAUCAACAUUUGCAAUCAGAAUGGGUUGAAUGCGCUCCAUCUUGCCUCCAAAGAAGGCCACGUAGAAGUCGUUUCUGAACUGCUAAAGAGGGAAGCCAAUGUGGAUGCAGCUACGAAGAAAGGAAACACAGCAUUGCACAUAGCAUCUUUGGCUGGGCAAGCAGAGGUGGUAAAGGUCUUGGUUACCAAUGGAGCCAAUGUCAAUGCACAAUCUCAGAAUGGUUUCACCCCAUUGUACAUGGCAGCCCAGGAAAACCACCUGGAAGUUGUCAAGUUUCUUCUUGACAAUGGUGCCAGCCAGAGCCUCGCCACAGAGGAUGGCUUCACGCCAUUGGCAGUGGCUUUGCAACAAGGUCAUGAUCAAGUGGUGUCCCUCCUGCUAGAAAAUGACACUAAAGGGAAAGUGCGGCUUCCGGCUCUUCACAUCGCCGCCCGAAAGGAUGACACGAAAGCUGCCGCCCUGCUGCUGCAGAAUGACCACAACGCAGACGUGGAGUCCAAGAGUGGCUUCACUCCGCUCCACAUAGCGGCUCACUAUGGAAACAUCAAUGUAGCCACGUUGCUAUUAAACCGAGCAGCCGCCGUGGACUUCACUGCAAGGAAUGACAUCACUCCUUUACAUGUUGCAUCAAAAAGAGGAAAUGCCAACAUGGUAAAACUACUGCUUGAUCGAGGAGCUAAAAUCGAUGCCAAAACAAGGGACGGUCUGACGCCGCUGCACUGUGGAGCCAGGAGCGGCCAUGAGCAGGUGGUGGAAAUGCUGCUCGAUCGAGCUGCCCCCAUUCUUUCAAAAACCAAGAAUGGACUGUCCCCACUGCACAUGGCCACGCAAGGGGAUCACUUGAACUGUGUCCAGCUUCUCCUCCAGCAUAACGUGCCUGUGGAUGACGUCACCAACGACUACCUGACCGCCCUGCACGUGGCCGCCCACUGUGGCCAUUACAAAGUCGCCAAGGUUCUCUUGGACAAGAAAGCUAACCCCAAUGCCAAAGCCCUGAAUGGCUUUACCCCUCUUCACAUCGCCUGCAAGAAGAAUCGGAUUAAAGUCAUGGAACUCCUUCUGAAACACGGUGCAUCCAUCCAAGCUGUAACCGAGUCGGGCCUUACCCCAAUCCAUGUUGCUGCCUUCAUGGGGCAUGUGAAUAUCGUCUCACAGCUAAUGCAUCAUGGAGCCUCCCCAAAUACCACCAACGUGAGAGGAGAAACAGCGCUGCACAUGGCAGCUCGGUCCGGCCAGGCCGCAGUCGUGCGGCAUCUAGUGCAAGACGGAGCUCAGGUAGAAGCUAAAGCAAAGGAUGACCAAACCCCACUGCACAUCUCAGCCCGAUUGGGGAAGGCGGAUAUAGUCCAGCAGCUGUUGCAGCAAGGAGCGUCUCCAAAUGCAGCCACAACUUCUGGGUACACCGCCCUCCACCUUGCAGCCCGAGAAGGGCAUGAGGACGUGGCCUCAUUCCUUUUGGAUCAUGGAGCAUCUUUGUCUAUUACAACAAAGAAAGGAUUCACUCCCCUUCAUGUGGCAGCAAAAUACGGGAAGCUUGAAGUAGCCAACCUCCUGCUGCAGAAGAGCGCGUCUCCUGAUGCCGCUGGGAAGAGCGGGCUAACUCCACUGCAUGUAGCUGCACAUUACGAUAACCAGAAGGUGGCCCUUCUGCUUUUGGACCAAGGAGCCUCACCUCAUGCGGCUGCAAAGAAUGGUUACACGCCACUGCACAUCGCUGCCAAAAAGAACCAGAUGGACAUAGCGACAACUCUGCUGGAAUAUGGUGCUGAUGCAAACGCAGUUACCCGGCAAGGAAUUGCUUCUGUCCAUCUUGCAGCUCAGGAGGGUCACGUGGAUAUGGUGUCACUGCUCCUCAGCCGAAAUGCCAACGUGAACCUGAGCAAUAAGAGUGGCCUGACCCCACUCCAUCUGGCUGCUCAAGAAGACAGAGUGAAUGUGGCCGAAGUCCUCGUCAACCAAGGGGCACACGUGGACGCCCAGACCAAGAUGGGAUACACCCCACUCCACGUGGGUUGCCACUAUGGAAACAACAAGAUUGUUAAUUUCCUGCUCCAGCAUUCUGCAAAAGUUAAUGCCAAAACAAAGAAUGGGUAUACGCCAUUGCAUCAAGCCGCUCAACAAGGACAUACACAUAUAAUCAACGUCUUGCUUCAGAACAAUGCCUCCCCCAAUGAACUCACUGUGAAUGGGAACACUGCCCUCGCCAUUGCCCGCAGGCUUGGCUACAUCUCAGUGGUGGACACGCUGAAGGUCGUGACUGAGGAGACCAUCACCACGACGACUGUCACAGAGAAGCACAAAAUGAAUGUUCCAGAAACAAUGAAUGAAGUUCUUGAUAUGUCUGAUGACGAAGUUCGUAAAGCCAACGCCCCUGAAAUGCUCAGUGAUGGCGAAUAUAUCUCAGAUGUUGAAGAAGGUGGUAGAUGCACAUGGUAUAAAAUUCCCAAGGUACAAGAGUUGUCGGUGAAAAGCGAAGAUGCGCUGACGGGGGACACUGACAAGUACCUGGGGCCACAGGACCUCAAGGAGCUGGGCGAUGAUUCUCUGCCUGCCGAGGGCUACAUGGGCUUUAGUCUUGGGGCCCGUUCUGCCAGUCCCAAGAUCAGUUCGGAUAGGUCUUACACCUUGAACAGAAGCUCCUAUGCCCGGGACAGCAUGAUGAUCGAAGAACUCCUGGUGCCAUCCAAAGAGCAGCACCUAACAUUCACAAGAGAAUUUGACUCAGAUUCUCUUAGACACUAUAGCUGGGCUGCAGACACCUUGGACAAUGUCAAUCUUGUCUCAAGUCCUGUUCAUUCUGGCUAUUCUUCUCCACUUCCUCAGUAUGAUUCAAGGUUUCUCGUGAGCUUCAUGGUGGACGCGAGAGGCGGCUCCAUGAGAGGAAGCCGCCACCACGGGAUGAGAAUCAUCAUCCCUCCACGCAAGUGCACGGCCCCCACCCGAAUCACCUGCCGUUUGGUAAAGAGACAUAAACUGGCCACCCCACCCCCCAUGGUGGAAGGAGAGGGACUAGCCAGUAGGCUGGUAGAAAUGGGUCCUGCAGGGGCCCAAUUUUUAGGCCCUGUCAUAGUGGAAAUACCUCACUUUGGCUCUAUGAGAGGAAAAGAGAGGGAACUCAUUGUUCUUCGAAGUGAAAAUGGAGAAACAUGGAAGGAGCACCAAUUUGACAGUAAAAAUGAAGAUUUAACUGAAUUACUUAAUGGCAUGGAUGAAGAACUUGAUAGUCCAGAAGAGUUAGGGAAAAAGCGAAUCUGCAGGAUUAUCACGAAGGAUUUUCCCCAGUAUUUUGCAGUAGUUUCACGGAUUAAGCAGGAAAGCAACCAGAUUGGUCCUGAAGGUGGAAUUCUGAGCAGCACCACUGUGCCCCUGGUCCAGGCUUCUUUCCCUGAGGGCGCUUUGACCAAAAGAAUCCGAGUGGGCCUCCAGGCUCAGCCUGUUCCAGAUGAAAUUGUGAAAAAGAUCCUUGGAAACAAAGCAACAUUUAGCCCAAUUGUCACUGUGGAACCAAGAAGAAGGAAAUUCCAUAAACCGAUCACAAUGACCAUUCCGGUGCCCCCGCCCUCGGGAGAAGGCGUAUCCAACGGGUACAAGGGGGACGCCACACCCAAUCUGCGCCUUCUCUGUAGCAUUACAGGGGGCACCUCACCGGCUCAGUGGGAAGACAUCACAGGAACUACUCCUUUGACAUUUAUAAAGGAUUGUGUCUCUUUUACAACCAAUGUUUCAGCCAGAUUUUGGCUUGCAGACUGCCAUCAAGUUUUAGAAACUGUGGGGUUAGCCACGCAAUUGUACAGAGAAUUAAUAUGUGUUCCAUAUAUGGCCAAGUUUGUUGUUUUUGCCAAAAUGAAUGAUCCUGUAGAAUCCUCCCUGCGGUGUUUCUGCAUGACAGAUGACAAAGUGGACAAAACUUUAGAGCAGCAAGAGAAUUUUGAGGAAGUUGCAAGAAGCAAAGAUAUUGAGGUUCUGGAAGGAAAACCUAUUUAUGUUGAUUGUUAUGGAAAUCUGGCUCCACUGACCAAAGGAGGACAGCAACUUGUUUUUAACUUUUAUGCUUUCAAAGAAAAUAGACUGCCAUUUUCCAUCAAGAUUAGAGACACCAGCCAAGAGCCCUGUGGUCGUCUGUCUUUUCUGAAAGAACCAAAGACAACAAAAGGACUGCCUCAAACAGCUGUCUGCAACUUAAACAUCACUCUGCCAGCACAUAAAAAGGAGACAGAGUCAGAUCAAGAUGAUGAGGCCGAGAAAGCAGAUAAACGACAGAGCUUUGCGUCUUUAGCUUUACGUAAGCGCUACAGCUACUUGACUGAGCCUGGAAUGAAAACAGUUGAACGGAGUGCAGGAGCAACAAGAUCCCUCCCCACUUCUUACUCAUACAAGCCAUUCUUUUCUACAAGACCAUACCAGUCCUGGACCACAGCUCCGAUCACAGUGCCCGGGCCAGCCAAGUCAGGCUUCACUUCCUUAUCAAGUUCUUCCUCAAAUACGCCAUCAGCUUCUCCGUUAAAAUCCAUUUGGUCCGUUUCGACUCCUUCUCCAAUCAAAUCCACAUUAGGCGCGUCAACUACAUCUUCAGUUAAAUCCAUUAGUGAUGUGGCAUCUCCAAUUAGAUCCUUUCGGACAAUUUCUUCGCCAAUAAAAACAGUGGUGUCACAAUCUCCAUACAAUAUCCAAGUGUCUUCUGGUACCCUGGUUAGAGCGCCCACAGUCACGGAGGCCUCGCCUUUAAAGGGGCUGCCGUCCAGUUCUAUGUUUUCCUCUCGAACCUCUCCAGUGACUACAGCAGGGUCUCUUUUGGAGAGGUCGUCAAUUACUAUGACACCCCCGGCCUCCCCCAAGUCAAACAUUAAUAUGUAUUCCUCAAGUUUGCCAUUUAAGUCAAUCAUUACAUCAGCAGCGCCGCUAAUAUCUUCGCCUUUAAAGUCAGUGGUGUCUCCAGCUAAAUCAGCAGUUGAUAUCAUUUCAUCGGCGAAAGUUACGAUGGCCUCUUCUCUCUCAUCGCCUGUGAAGCAGAUGCCUGGACAUGCAGAGGUAGCAUUAGUCAAUGGAUCUAUUUCCCCUCUGAAAUAUCCAUCAUCUUCAACUUUAAUUAAUGGAUGCAAAGCCACUGCCACGUUACAGGAAAAAAUUUCUACAGCUACAAACUCUGUAAGCGCUGUGGUUAAUGCCGCCACAGAAACAGUUGAGAAAGUGUUUUCUACGACAGCAAUGCCAUUUUCCCCACUCAGGUCAUAUGUUUCUUCAGCACCAUCAGCUUUUCAGUCUCUCAGAACUCCUUCCGCAAGUGCACUCUAUGCAUCCCUUGGGUCGUCAAUAUCUGCAACUACCUCAUCUGUAACUUCAUCGGUGAUAACAGUGCCAGUAUACUCUGUAGUCAAUGUUUUGCCAGAACCAGCAUUAAAGAAACUCCCAGACUCUAAUUCACUUGCAAAAUCAGCAGCAGCCUUGCUGUCCCCCAUUAAAACAUUGACUACGGAGACACGUCCUCAGCCCCAUUUCAAUCGAACUUCAUCCCCAGUCAAGUCAUCUUUGUUCCUUGCACCCUCUGCCCUUAAGUUGUCUGCACCAUCUUCUUUAUCUUCCAGUCAGGAGAUAUUAAAAGACGUGGCUGAAAUGAAAGAGGACCUCAUGCGGAUGACAGCAAUACUACAAACAGACGUGCCUGAGGAGAAGCCAUUCCAGCAUGAACUCCCCAAAGAAGGGAGAGUGGAGGACGAAGAACCUUUCAAAAUUGUUGAGAAAGUAAAGGAAGACUUAGUGAAAGUUAGCGAAAUCCUUAAAAAAGAUGUGUGUGUCGAUAAUAAAGGACCACCCAAAUCACCAAAGAGUGACAAAGGACACUCUCCCGAAGACGACUGGAUAGAAUUUAGUUCCGAAGAAAUAAGAGAAGCGAGACAGCAAGCUGCUGCGAGCCGUUCUCCCACUCUGCCCGAGCGAGUGCAAGUCAAAGCAAAAGCUGCCUCCGAUAAGGAUUACAGCUUGACCAAGGUGAUUGAUUACCUAGCGAAUGAUAUUGGGAGUAGUUCAUUGACAAACUUAAAGUACAAGUUUGAGGAUGCAAAGAAAGAUGGUGAAGAGAGACAGAAAAGAAUUUUAAAACCAGCAAUUGCUUUGCAGGAACACAAACUCAAAAUGCCUCCCGCCUCCAUGAGGCCUUCCACCUCCGAGAAGGAAUUGUGUAAAAUGGCCGAUUCCUUUUUUGGAACAGAUGCUAUUUUAGAGUCUCCAGAUGACUUUUCUCAGCACGACCAAGAUAAAAGUCCCUUGUCUGACAGUGGCUUUGAAACGAGAAGUGAAAAAACACCUUCAGCCCCACAGAGCGCUGAAAGCACUGGUCCCAAGCCGCUUUUUCACGAAGUCCCCAUCCCUCCUGUCAUCACAGAAACGAGAACCGAAGUGGUUCAUGUUAUCAGGAGCUAUGAGCCCUCAGCCGGAGAGGCUUCCCAGUCCCAACCAGAGGAACCCGCGUCACCCAAACCGUCACCCACGUUUAUGGAAUUAGAACCCAAGCCCAGCACUUCCAGUAUUAAAGAAAAAGUUAAAGCAUUUCAAAUGAAAGCCAGCAGUGAUGAAGAUGACCACAGUCGAGCUUUGAGCAAAGGCAUGCGUGUCAAAGAAGAGACACACAUAACCACUACUACCAGGACGGUUUAUCAUUCUCCACCAGGCAGCGAAGGCGCCUCUGAAAGAAUUGAAGAAACCAUGUCGGUCCAUGACAUUAUGAAGGCCUUUCAGUCCGGGCGGGACCCUUCCAAAGAACUGGCAGGUCUGUUUGAACAUAAGUCGGCAGUGGCCCCAGAUGUUCACAAGUCUGCUGCUGAAACCUCAGCCCAGCACGCAGAGAAGGACAACCAAAUGAAACCCAAACUGGAGCGUAUAAUAGAAGUCCACAUCGAAAAAGGUAACCAAGCUGAGCCUACUGAAGUCAUUAUUAGAGAAACCAAAAAGCAUCCAGAAAAGGAAAUGUAUGUGUAUCAGAAAGACUUAUCCCGGGGAGAUGUUAACCUAAAAGAUUUUCUGCCAGAAAAACACGAUGCUUUUCCUUGUUCAGAGGAACAGGGUCAGCAAGAAGAGGAAGAACUCACUGCAGAAGAGUCCUUGCCUUCUUAUCUGGAAUCUUCCAGAGUAAACACUCCUGUGUCCCAAGAAGAAGAUAGUCGCCCUAGUUCUGCUCAACUCAUAUCUGAUGACUCUUAUAAAACAUUGAAGCUUUUGAGUCAACACUCAAUAGAAUACCAUGACGAUGAGUUGUCAGAACUAAGAGGGGAGUCUUACAGGUUUGCUGAGAAAAUGCUUCUGUCAGAAAAGCUAGAUGUGUCUCAUUCCGAUACUGAGGAAUCGGUGACAGACCAUGCAGGACCCUCUAGCUCAGAGUUACAGGGGUCUGAUAAGCGGUCCAGAGAAAAAGUAGUCACUGCCCCCAAAAAAGAAAUUCUCUCCAAAAUCUAUAAAGAUGUGUCUGAAAAUGGUGUAGGUAAAGUGUCUAAAGAUGAGCAUUUUGAUAAAGUGACAGUGUUGCACUAUUCUGGCGAUGGUAGUAGUCCAAAACAUGCCAUGUGGAUGCGCUUUACUGAGGACAGAUUAGACAGAGGUAGAGAGAAGUUGAUGUAUGAAGAUAGGGUGGACAGGACUGUGAAGGAAGCUGAAGAAAAACUGACUGAAGUGUCACAGUUUUUUCGUGACAAAACCGAAAAGCUCAAUGAUGAACUGCAGUCCCCAGAGAAAAAGGCACGCCCAAGAAAUGGCAAGGAAUACUCUUCUCAAAGCUCUACCAGUAGCAGCCCCGAGAAAGUAACGCUGACAGAACUGUUGGCAUCCAGCGAUGAGUGGGUUAAGGCGAGGCAGCAUGCCCGUGAUGGACCAAGCCUCCCCAGAGCCAGUGAGAGGAAAGCGUCCAGUCUGCCCAGCAGCCCGGAGAAGAAGGUUCUGUCCCAACAGACUGAGGACAGCAAGUCCACAGAGGAAGCCCAAGGAAGCGUGCCACAGAGCAAAGCACCAGAAGGGCCCCAGUCUGGGUUUCAGCUCAAACAAUCUAAACUGAGCUCCAUUAGAUUAAAAUUUGAACAAGGUGCACAGGCCAAAAGUAAGGACGUGACUCAAGAGGACAAGAAGCCAGAUGGCCAAUCCAGAAUCCCAGUUAAAAAAAUGCAGGAGAGCAAGCUACCUGUCUACCAACUUUUUGCUAGAGAAAAACAGCAGAAGGCAAUAGACCUCUCAGAUGAAAGAGUACCUGUCCAAAAAGAUUUUAUGGUAUUAAAAGCUAAAGAUGAGCCCGAGCAAAGCAGUGAGAUUGUUGUAAAUGAUUCUGGCUCUGAUGAUGUGAAAAAACAGAGAACUGAAAUGUCAAGUAAAGCGAUGCCUGACUACUUUUCUGAGCAACAGGCUAAAGACUUGACAUGUCAUGUAACCUCAGAUUUAGCAACUAAGGGACCCUGGGACAAAAAGGUCUUUAGAACGUGGGAAAGUUCUGGAGCCGCUAACAAUAAGUUGCAAAAAGAAAAGCUUUCGCAUGUACUUGUUCAUGAUGUAAGAGAGAAUCACAUUGGUCACCCUGAGAGUAAAAUUGUUGAUCCCAGGAGUGAAUUUGUGUCUGUGACUGAGAGAGAACACAAAUUGUUAACAAAUGGCUCUCUCUCAGAAGUUAAGGAAAUGACUGUAAAAUCUCCCUCCAAAAAGGUCUUGUACAGGGAAUAUGUUGUGAAAGAAGGGGACCGUCCUGGCGGGGCUCUCGAUCAACCUUCCAGGAGAAGUGAGAGCUCGGCGGUGUCGCACAUCCCAGUCAGGAUGGCCGAUGAGCGGAGAAUGCCGUCUUCUAAUGUUCCCGUUGGUUUUUGUGAGCAGUCGCCAUUUCCAAAGCAUGAACUAUCACAAAAGUCACCCCAGUCAAGUCACAAAGAGACAGUGGAGACACAGCACUUUAAUUCUCUAGAAGAUGAAAAAGUUACCUAUUCAGAAAUCAGCAAAGUUUCCAAACAUCAGAGUUAUGUAGGCUUAUGCCCCUCUCUCGAUGAAACUGAAAGCUCCCCCACCAAAUCUCCUGAUUCUUUAGACUUUAGCCCAGGAAAAGAAUCUCCCUCUAGCGAAGUAUUCGACCACAGUCCCAUUGAUGGAUUGGAAAAAGUUGCACCACUAGCCCCGCCAGAGGGAGGGAAAGAGAUAAAAACUUUACCUGUUUAUGUCAGUUUUGUACAGGUGGGGAAGCAGUAUGAAAAGGAGAUACAACAAGGAAGUGUGAAAAAAAUCAUCAGUCAGGAAUGUAAGACAGUACAAGAGACCAGGGGAACCUUUUAUACAACCAGACAGCAAAAGCAGCCUCCUUCUCCCCAAGGUAGUCCGGAAGAUGAUACUCUAGAGCAAGUUUCCUUUCUAGACAGCUCUGGGAAAAGCCCUUUAACCCCAGAAACACCCAGUUCAGAGGAAGUGAGUUAUGAAUUUACGUCUAAGACACCAGACUCACUCAUAGCUUAUAUACCAGGUAAACCCAGCCCAAUUCCCGAGGUUUCUGAGGAAUCGGAGGAGGAGGAGCAGGGCAAGUCAUCCUCCUUGAAGCAGACUACAGUGGAGGAGAUAAUAGGCGCUCACGAAUUGCCUAGCAGUGUGAGCAAAGACUCUAACCAAAGACCCAAAACCAACAGAGUUGCCUAUAUCGAGUUCCCCCCUCCUCCGCCACUGGAUGCAGACCAGAUGGAGUCGGAGAAGGAUCUUUCUCUGCCUGAAAGAGAGGCUGGCAUGAUUGAAGUCAGUCUGCAAGAUGAGCAUGACAAGUACCAGCUGGCUGAGCCAGUCAUCCGAGUGCAGCCACCCUCCCCAGUUCCUCCUGGGGCAGACGUCAGUGAUUCGAGCGAUGAUGAAUCACUUUAUCAACCAGUUCCAGUUAAAAAAUACACCUUCAAAUUAAAGGAAGCAGACAGUGAUCAAAAAGAAACGACAAAACCCAAAGCUUCUGCUGAAAAGGCUUCCAACCAGAAAGAAUUAGAAACUAAUGGAUCUGGAAAAGAUCAUGAAUUUGGCCUUGAUUCGCCUCAGAAUGAAACUGCCCAGAAUGGGAACAACGACCAGUCCAUCACAGAGUGUUCCAUUGCUACCACAGCCGAGUUUUCUCAUGAUACAGAUGCCACAGAGAUUGACUCUCUUGAUGGCUAUGACCUGCAAGAUGAAGAUGAUGGCUUGACAGAGAGUGAUUCCAAACUCCCAAGUCAGACCAUGGAAAUUAAGAAAGACAUCUGGAACACAGAGGGCAUUCUGAAGCCAGCUGAUCGCUCUUUUAGCCAAAGUAAACUUGAAGUCAUCGAGGAGGAGGGAAGGGUGGGACCAGAUGAAGAUAAGCCAUCUUCCAAAAGCUCUUCAUCGGAAAAGACUCCUGAUAAGACUUAUCAGAAGUCAGGGGCCCAGUUUUUCACCCUAGAAGGCAGACAUCCUGACAGAUCCGUGUUUCCUGAUACUUAUUUCAGUUACAAAGUAGAUGAAGAAUUUGCCACUCCUUUUAAAACAGUAGCUACCAAAGGUCUAGAUUUUGACCCUUGGUCUAAUAACCGAGGGGAUGAUGAAGUUUUUGACAGUAAAUCCCGGGAAGAUGAAACUAAGCCAUUUGGUCUGGCUGUGGAAGACCGCUCUCCGGCAACAACCCCUGAUACAACGCCAGCCAGAACACCAACCGAUGAAAGUACCCCAACUAGUGAGCCUAACCCCUUCCCAUUUCAUGAAGGAAAAAUGUUUGAGAUGACUCGCAGUGGUGCAAUUGACAUGAGCAAGAGGGAUUUUGUUGAAGAGAGGCUCCAAUUUUUCCAGAUUGGUGAGCAUACUUCUGAAGGGAAGUCAGGGGACCAGGGGGAAGGGGAUAAAAGUAUGGUCACUGCCACACCACAGCCACAGUCAGGGGACACCACUGUAGAAACCAAUCUAGAGAGAAAUGUAGAGGCACCUGCGGUCGAACCUAAACCCAGCAUCCCGACCAGCGGAGAGUGUCAGGAAGGCACACCCAGUAGUGCCUCCCUGGAGAAGUCAGCAGCAGCCACUAACACCUUGAAAGUUGACCCCAAGUUGCGCACGCCUAUAAAAAUGGGGAUUUCUGCGUCCACCAUGACCAUGAAGAAAGAAGGCCCUGGAGAAGUCACAGAUAAGAUAGAAGCUGUGAUGACCAGUUGUCAGGGAUUAGAAAAUGAAACUAUAACAGUGGUUUCAAAUUCAGCCGAUAGCCACAUGGGUGCUAGGCCCCAAGAAAAACACGAUUUUCAAAAAGAUAACUUUAAUAACAACAACAAUUUGGAUUCUUCCACUAUACAGACAGAUAACAUUACAAGUAACGUAGUUCUGACAGAACACGCCGCACCCACUCGUACCACAGAGAAAGCUAAUCCAGUGAAAAGCUCAUCAGGAAAAAAGACAGGGGUGCCACAGGGACACUGUGUGAGAGAGAAGCAGAAAGUGCUUGGAGAGCAGCAAAAGACACAGGCACCGGUAGGGAUUAGGCGCAAAUCCAAACUUCCCAUAAAGGCCACUUCAGCAAAAGAUACCUUCCCACCAAAUCAUAUGUCAAACAUGAAAGGGAGUAAAAUGAAGCAGGUUAGUCCAUCUGAGAAAGCCAAAACCCUUACCUCUUCUUCAUGUCUAGACGUAAAGUCCAGAAUUCCAGUAAAAAACACACACAGGGAUAACACAGCUUCAGUUAGAAAAGCAUGCACCUCACAUAAGCAAGGGCAGCCAGAGAAAGACAAGGCUAAACACCUGCCAUCCAAGUUGCCAGUAAAGGUAAGAUCCACCUGUGUCACCACCUCCAGUGCUACCACCACAGUUCAAGUCAGGAAAAGUCAGCUUAAGGAAGUUUGUAAACAUUCCAUUGAAUAUUUUAAGGGAAUUAGUGGUGAGACCUUAAAGCUUGUGGACCGCCUCUCUGAAGAAGAAAAAAAGAUGCAGUCCGAGGUGUCGGAUGAGGAAGACAGUACCUCAAGAAACACGUCGUUGUCCGAGAGUUCCCGGGGUGGCCAGCCUUCAGUUACAACGAAGUCUGCUAGAGAUAAGAAAACAGAGGCAGCACCUUUAAAAUCAAAGAGUGAAAAGGCCGGCAGUGAGAAAAGGAGCAGUAGGAGGACUGGUCCACAGAGUCCAUGUGAACGGACAGAUAUCAGGAUGGCAAUAGUAGCCGAUCACCUGGGACUUAGUUGGACAGAACUGGCAAGGGAACUGAAUUUUUCAGUGGAUGAAAUCAAUCAAAUACGUGUGGAAAAUCCAAAUUCUUUAAUUUCUCAAAGCUUCAUGUUAUUAAAAAAAUGGGUUACCAGAGAUGGAAAAAAUGCUACAACUGAUGCCUUAACUUCGGUCUUGACAAAAAUUAAUCGAAUAGAUAUAGUGACUCUGCUAGAAGGACCAAUAUUUGAUUAUGGAAAUAUUUCAGGCACCAGAAGUUUUGCAGAUGAGAACAAUGUUUUCCAUGACCCUGUUGAUGGUUAUCCUUCCCUUCAAGUGGAACUGGAAACUCCCACAGGGUUGCACUACACACCACCCACCCCUUUCCAGCAAGAUGAUUAUUUUAGUGAUACCUCUAGCAUAGAAUCUCCCCUUAGAACCCCCAGUAGACUGAGUGAUGGGCUAGUGCCUUCCCGGGGAAACAUAGAGCAUUCAGCAGAUGGACCUCCAGUUGUAACUGCAGAAGACACUUCCUUAGAAGACAGCAGACUUGAAGACUCAAUGCCUAUAACAGAAAUGCCCGAAGCAGUCGAUGUAGAUGAGAGCCAGUUGGAGAAUGUUUAUCUGAGUGAGUAUCCUCGAUACCUUGGAAGUAUGGCUGGGGUCCCAAAAGAUGUUAAACCAGCAGAGCCACUGAAACAUACUAGAAAAGUAAGAGUCAGCUCUGAGCAGCAAGAGAAAGGAAAAUCUGGUCCUGAUGAGGAGAUGACAGAAGAAAAACUAAAAUCUCUAUUUGAGGACAUUCAACUUGAAGAAGGAGUAGAGUCUGAGGAGAUGACAGAAGAAAAAGUAGAGGCUAUUCUUAAACGUGUUCAGCAAGCAGAACUGGAAAUGUCUUCAAUUACAGGUUGGCAGAAUGAGACCAGUGGAAACCUAGAGUCCCCGGCUCAAGCUCGAAGAAUAACUGGUGGGUUACUAGAUCGACUGGAUGACAGCCCAGACCAAUGUAGAGAUUCCAUUACCUCAUACCUCAAAGGAGAACCUGGGAAAUUUGAAGCAAAUGGGAACCAUGCAGAAAUCACUCCAGAAGCAAAGACGAAAUCUUACUUUCCAGAAUCCCAAAAUGAUGUAGGCAAACAGAGUACUAAGGAAACUCUGAAACCAAAGCCACACGGAUAUGGUCGUGUUGAGGAACCAGCAUCAUCACUAGCAGCAUAUCAGAAAUCUCUCGAAGAAACCAGCAAGUUUUUAAUAGAGGAGCCUAAACCCUGUGUGCCUGUCGGUAUGAAAAAGAUGAGUAGGACUUCUCCUGCAGAUGGCAAGCCAAGGCUUAACCUCCACGAAGAAGAGGGGUCCAGUGGGUCUGAGCCAAAGGUCAAAAGUCCGGGUGCAGCUCUUACACGAAUGACUACCUGCUGUUACAAGGACUUGAAAAACAGUGAGAGUGAUUCAAGCUCAGAGGAGGAACAGAGAGUCACUACCCGAGUUGUCCGCCGGCGUUUGAUUAUAAAGGGAGAGGAAGCAAAACACAUUCCUGGUGAAUCUGUCACGGAAGAACACUUUACUGAUGAAGAAGGCAACCUCGUCACCAGAAAAAUCACUCGGAAAGUGAUAAGACGAAUGGUUAUCCCACAAGAGAGGAAACAUGACGUGGAACUAAACUCAUUACUGAGCCUUGUAACUCAGCAGAUGGAUCUCCAUCUCCCAGAGAAAACACUGCAGGGAGAAGGUUAUAAGGUGAAGACAAAGAAAGAAAUCCGGCAUGUGGAGAAGAAGAGCCACUCAUAACAGUGAAAGGAUCAUGUGUUUUUACUGCCAGUAUUGAGAAAUUCAUGGAAGACAUGUCAGCAGGAAGUAAAGAUUCGAGGAGAAGGGUGUGUGUGUGUUUGCUGCUUCCACACAUGAAUGGCAUGACUUUUUUUUUUUUACACAAAAAGAAAAGAGAAAAAGGAAACCACCCACAUUUUAAUUUAGCAUGAGCCAACUUACAGAGCAUGGAAAUUCACUUUCAUUCCCAGGAUUGGCACGUGUGCAAUUAGCAAUGCAGUGUAUAUACAAGAAGCCAUGCCGUUAACAGUUUAUCUCAAGUAACUUGGUGUCAUUUACAAAAGGAAGAAAUUCCUGCCUCCAGAAGGAACAGAAGGAGAUGGACUGAUGAAAUCAGAGAAACACUAAAAUUACUAAAUCCACAACAGCUCGCCUUAUUUUUCUUGGACCCAAACUGUCAGGGUAUAAACACUAUUUGUUUCUUUUUUAAGACAUCUAUAGUUUUGCUGUAAAUAAUAACAGUGUAUAAAUUCUAACAGAAAAAUAGAAUAAAUGUUGAUAAGGCACUGCCUCUUAGAACACAAACAGAAUAUUGCAAAUGCAUUUAACAUCAUAGAGGUCUCAAGGGACUUCACCCUAGAAGAGGAGGGAGGGGUUCUGGGUGGGGGGGGGACCUUUACUGAUUCUUGUAUAUUAGCAAUUAUAAUGUUUGUAUAUGCAAAACUGCUAGCUUGAUUUUAAAAAAGCAAAUCUUUAAAAUCUGCUGCAAAUUUAAAUAAUUCCCAAAAUGAGGAAUUCUGUAGUUCUGUGAAAAAAAAAAUUUUCUUCAGAAUACUAAUAUUUUGAUGCAUGUGUAUCACCUUAUUUUGAUUAAAUCUUUUCCAAUUUUGCAAACACUACCGUAUACUGCAACACAGAAGAUUUUAUCUGUAAACAAAAAGCCCUUCAUCUAAUAUUUGUUGCUAUUGCCAAUUUUCCAAUUAAAUGACCUAAAAAUGGAAGAAAAAAAAAAACACCUAUACAGUAGUUGCUUUAGGGGGAGGGGGUGCUCUCUGUUAGUGCUUAAAAGGGGGGUAAUGCUUGCCGCUUUAGAGGUGGAUGGUGCUCAUAAGAGGCCCCAGUCAGGGGUGUUUAAAAUGGACUGAACAGAAGUCCUUAGCUAGUAGAAUGGCAGCACGCUGUAAAAUUCUCACUGUAUCGUGUACUGGCUAUAAGAUGUAGACACCUUUCAGUAAGCCAAUCAUUUGUAACCAUUCUAGCAGUGUCAUACUAGGUUAAUAAGGCUGCAGUGUUUUAAAGGGCAUUUUUAUUUGGGUUUUGGUGAAAUUCUUUAAUUUGUUGAUUAUAUUCAUAUGAAAUCAGCAUUCAUGGACACAUAGCUCUAAUGACAUAUGUAUGAAAAACCAUACACUGGAUGACCUAGUCGAUUAUUUAAGCAUAAAAUAAAUUGUGUUAAACUCUUCACCUGUCUGUGCUCUACCGCGUCCUUGUGUUCUCUGGCAGAAGAUCAUUGCCUAGCUCCUGAUCAUUUGGCAGCACCGAUCCUCCUCACCAGUCCUCCUGGUGCCUCUGCCUCUGCGGUCACUAAGGAGAUAGUCCCCCUAACAUUCCGUUCCGCCCUGCAAACUCCCAAUCUACAAAAAUGUGGAGCAUUUCAUAGAGGAGCCAUGAAUUAAAGAUCAAUGACAAUUGAUCUUUGCCCACAUCUGGGUUGGGCUGUCCCACCACCACCCCUCAAAAGUGGGAAGUUGGAGCUAUUAGAACUGGCAUGUCCAGAAUGAACCACUCCACUUGCCGCUGUUUUAGCCCAUAAAGCAAUUGUUUGUUUUUUCCAUUGACAUUCAUUGUCAGUGCUUAGAAGUUAGGAAAUUUUGCACAGUAACCAGAUUUCUAACUUCUCUUGAAAAGAUUUGGCCUCACUGCCAGAGGCACCUUCUGGGGCCAUGUUGCCCUCUCCAGCCAGGUGUAUGGUCUCCAGGCACCACAGUCUGUCUCAUUAUUUUUAUUUGUUUAUUUUUUUGAUCCUCACCAGAGGAUAUUUUUUCAUUGAUUUUUUAGAGAACAGUGGGACGGAGGAGAGACAAAUAUGGAAUGUGCCCCUCCCACUGCAGCAAAAUUAUCCUAUGACAUUCCCCCCACCCCAACCUACCCAGGCGGAAAGGUUUUUAAAAGAAACUUGCCCCAAAAGCCUCUCUGUUAAACGAUCAGAAUCCAUGUGUCCUAACUUCCCAUAUAAGAGUUACGAAUUGUGGAGGCACAAUCCUUGACAGAAAGGUGUUUAUUCUGAACUAGAAGCUUGAAGUGUGCUUGUCUGGGUAUUAAAUGCGUGUUAUUUGUAUAUACCUGAAAACCUGACUUCAGGACUAUCUGAUGAGCUAAACUUAAGGUCAAGCAAAAGUUCAUAAAUUUAAUCAGAGAAGUAGCAAAAAUAGGAUGAUCAAGAUUUUAUUUGCAUCUGUGUAUAUGUAUAUGUGUAUGCAUGGAUUGAAUUGGGAGCAUAUGUUAUAUAUUCCUAAUACUGUCUUUGACCUGCUGGCUUAUAAAAUUUAAGCUUUUUCCUCACUUGAGGAAAAAAAAUUUGAUGAUAAGAUUCCUGAUAUUUGCUGGUUUUCAAUUUUAUAUUCUUACCAAAUUCCUGAGUUUGUUCAAUUAAAAUGUAUUAUCACUAUUAAAUUGCCAAGUUAUGGCAAUAUACUGUGCAGGGUUAUUCUACCAUUCCUAAGAGGGACCUACUUCACUGAACAUAUAAGCAGCAGGCUUCUUUCCUCUAUUAAUAAAUACUACCACAGUG